CGUACAUUAAUUCCUUCCUUUGUGGGUAUUAUAUCCACAGGAGGAAAAUAUUAAAAAACAAUGAUCACAUAACAUGAUAUGCACACUCAAUUCCUUACUUGAUAUGCAUAUUCUCCACCUCUAUUAAUUUCUGUAAGUGAUCAAUCAUUCAACUGGGUUUCUCCUUGGAAUCUAGUUCUUUGUUGAAUAUUUUGUGUAAGGAAAAUUCUUGCCUUUUCUCACCUUAAAGGGCAACAUUCUUUUUGCAGUUUCUUGUAUUCAAAUAUAAAUAAGCAUUGAGAAAAUGGAACCCAGUAAACCUUUCAAGUUUCACAUGAAAAGAUUAAACAUGGGUCAUGGCUACAUGUUGGGGUUCUUAUUACUGUGCUUAAUUGGCGGUGAACAUCUAGUUAAGGGGGUAAGAGGGCUGGCAUGCAACUGGGGAGCACAAACAACUCACCCUCUACAGCCUAGCAUAGUUGUUCAGCUGUUGAAAGACAAUGGUUUUGACAAGGUUAAGCUAUUUGAAGCUGAACCAGGGCCACUCAAGGCUUUAGGGCAUUCUGGUAUCCAAGUUAUGGUUGGGAUACCAAAUGAUCUCUUGGCACCACUUGCAAGUAGCGUCCAGGCUGCUGUAAACUGGGUUCAACAGAAUGUGUCUAAUUACAUAUCCAAAUAUGGAGUGGAUAUAAGGUAUGUAGCUGUAGGAAAUGAGCCUUUCUUGAAGACCUAUAAAGAUUCAUUUCUUCAAACAACAUUCCCAGCACUCCAAAAUAUUCAAGCAGCCUUGAUCAAAGCUGGCUUAGGCAAACAGGUGAAGGUUACAGUUCCACUAAAUGCAGAUGUUUACCAGACUGACACAGGCCUCCCUUCUGGUGGGGAUUUUCGAGCCGAUAUCCAUGACCUAAUGAUCUCUAUCGUCAAGUUUCUCAGUGACAAUAAUUGUCCUCUUACUAUCAACAUCUACCCCUUCCUUAGCCUAAAUUCUGACCCCAAUUUCCCAAAAGAAUAUGCCUUCUUCAAUGGCACUGCUGCCCCAGUUGUGGAUGGCUCUAUACCUUAUACCAACGUCUUCGAGGCAAACUUUGACACCCUAAUUUCUGCUCUUGAAAAGAAUGGUUUCGGAUCAAUGCCUGUCAUCAUUGGUGAGGUUGGAUGGCCAACAGAUGGCGACCCAAGCGCCAAUGCAGCGUAUGCUCAGAGGUUCUAUCUCGGACUUCUCGAUCGAAUAUUUCAAGGUAAGGGUACCCCGAAACGCAGAACCCCACCUGAUGUCUACCUGUUCUCACUCCUUGAUGAAGAUAACAAAAGUGUUCAACCUGGGAAUUUUGAGAGGCACUGGGGCGUUUUCACUUUUGAUGGAACCAUCAAGUACCAACUAAAUAUGGGCAAUGGAAAAUCUCUAGUUCCAGCUAAAGGUGUGAGAUAUUUAGCCAGGGAGUGGUGUAUAAUGUCCCCUGAUGCCAGUCUCACUGACCCCAAUUUGCCUGGCAGCCUUAGCUAUGCCUGCUCCUACGCGGACUGCACCAGUCUUGGUUUUGGAUCCUCCUGUGGUGGGCUGGAUGCUAGAAACAAUGCUUCUUAUGCUUUUAACAUGUACUAUCAGACAAUGGAUCAGAGGAAAGGUUCCUGUUCAUUCAACAAUUUAUCAGUUGUUACGACUCUGGAUCCAUCUCAAGAUACUUGCAGAUUCGAAAUCAUGAUUGAUCUGGGAAAGCACGAGAUACCUCGUAAAUCGCUGGCAGGAAGAAAUCAAAACUCCACAGUGGGUCUCAUAUUAGCAUUGCUAUCGAUCAUUUAUGGUGCUUUAUGAGUAUCAUCCAGAGCUGCAUAAAUACUUCAUUCCCAGAAAGAUUUCUUCCGAAAUUUAUUUUGAAAUUUUUUUCCAAUGUUGCUGUAUUGCAUUCGUUUUACAAGCAUUGCAAAUUCUAUCAUUAUUUGACACUUCCAGUGUAAAUAAACAUUUCACAUAUUCAAGAUUUGCCCUUCUAAAGUCAUUCCCUUCAAACCCAUUCAAGAAAAUGCUUUCUCCAUCUGGAAGCCAACUGGCCAUUUACUUCUCAUCUCCACACACCAAGUUGGCAAUGGUCGUUUGCUUUUCAAAUAAAAGGUCAAACCGAAAUACCAAAUUCUGCUAGCUUUAACGAGUUUUGCCACCAAAAGCCGAUACUUAAACAUAAACCAUAUGGAGACAUACAGUUAAUUGCUUCCAAUGGAAUUUAGAUACGAAGAAUGUAAAACGAGGAUAAGUUAAUCGUAAGGGGAGUGAAAAUCAAUAAGCAGAAUUCCAACAUGAAAUACAUUG